CGUCAUCACGUACCCCUACGUUGUACACAGUUUAGUUCCGGUCUCCCAAAGGUAGCUGUAAGUAGACCGCCAACCAUGGUGCUGAACCCCGUCAUCUCCAAACUAGCUGGUAAACUGGUUGUGUUGGCGAGCUCGUCUCCGCGGCGACUGGACAUCCUUCGCAAUGCUGGCCUGCGCUUUGAGGUGGUCCCAUCCUGGUUCAAAGAAACUCUCGACAAGCAACUGUUCAAAGCACCUCAGCAGUACGCUGUGGAGACGGCCAAGCAGAAGGCACUGGAGGUGGCGAGGAGAAUGCCCUGUAACCACCUUAAAACUCCAGACAUAGUGAUCGGUGCAGACACUAUUGUGACAGUUGAUGGCAUGAUUCUUGAGAAGCCACGCGACAAGCAAGAUGCAUACAGGAUGCUCUCGAGUCUGAGUGGCAAAGAGCACAGUGUCUUCACAGGCGUCGCCAUCGUGCUCUGUUGUCAGAAAUCAAAUGAAGAGGAUUAUCAGAUAGUUGAGUUUUAUGAAGAAACCAAGGUGAAGUUCGCCGACCUCUCGGAGGACAUGCUGUGGGAGUACAUUGACAGCGGUGAACCCAUGGACAAGGCGGGCGGCUAUGGCAUCCAGGCUCUGGGUGGGAUGCUGGUGGAGUACGUGCAUGGAGACUUUCUCAACGUUGUGGGUUUCCCCCUCAACCACUUCUGUAAAAAGCUGGACCACAUUUACAACCAAAGAGGCAGUUGCCACGGCGACACUGUUCCAGUUCUGCCAAAUCAUUCGCUACCUACCGCUUCAUCUACACACGUGGUAGUUCCUGAACAUCAGGUAAGCAUUUACAAUGCAAACAUUUUUUUUAAAAAUUGUAAAUCAUUUAUAAGAGGUGUCCUCUUGAAGGUGGUCAACAGCUCAUCUGGGCAUUCUGAGAAAAUACCACCAGCUACUGCCACUAGGGGGCAAUUCAAUGAAUGUGAGGACAGUGAAGAAGCCAAAGAGGACCUCCAGAAAAUCAUUCAACUGAUGGAUGGAUUCAAAGCCUCCAAGGCACUCUUUACCGCUUCCAAGUUGGGCGUAUUUGACUUGCUCCAGCGCAGACCAGCGAUGGAUGCGGUCCAGGUGGCCCAGGAGCUGCAAACAUCCGUCAAGGGAACAGAGCAUCUGCUUGAGGCAUGCCUCUCGCUAAAACUCUUAAAGAGCACAAACUGUAAGACACCGUCAUACGAGAACACAGAGCUGUCCAAACGCUUCCUGCUGUCCGACGCGCCAUCGUCCCUGCUGGGCCACUUGGCGCACUGCAACGACACCGUGUGGCCACUCUUCAGCCACCUGGAGAGCGCCGUAAAGGAAGGCGUCCACCAGCACCACAGGGCCUUCUGCAGCAAGUCUGAGGACUUAUUCCAAGACUCAAUCUACAGGAGCCAGGAGGUGAGGCUGAGGUUCAUGAAGGCCAUGCACUGUAUCGCUCAAGUGACCGGCAAAGCGGUGGCAACAGCUUUUGACCUGUCUGCCUUUAAGAGUGCCUGUGACCUCGGAGGCUGUACAGGUGCAAUGGCAUUGGAACUCGCAAAAGCUCACCCGGGGAUGUCCGUGACAGUGUUCGACUUACCGACUGUAGUUGAAAUGAGUCCUCGUUUCCUUCCACCGUGUACUAAAGAAAAGGUCACAUUUGUUGCAGGAGACUUCUUCAAAGAUGCCUUACCCAAAGCGGACUUGUACAUCCUUUCGAGAAUCCUUCAUGACUGGUCAGAUGACAAAGUGAACCUCUUGCUCAGCAAAAUUGCAGACGCAUGCACGCCAGGUUGUGGCCUGCUGCUGAGUGAGAUUUUCCUGGACGAGGAUAGAACAGGGCCAAGUCGCGGGCUGCUCCAGGCCCUCAGCAUGAGCGAAGGCAGACAGAGGAGCGCCGACGAAUACGCUCUGCUUUUGAAGGGCCACGCCUUUGUUGCCACCGCUAUCAAACAGACGGAAAACCUGCUGGAUGCAAUGCUCUGCAUCAAAGUCUGACCCCCGCUUCAACACUCCAAAGGCUGUGCUGUUGUCAUUGCUGAGACCAUGUUGGAUGAGUGGUCCACCUACUCAACCCUGCAGUCUUUGAACAUGCUGGUCCAAACUGAGGGCCGAGAGAGGACGCAGCGGGACUACGCUGCCUUGCUAAAUAAACACGGCUUCGGAAACACACGUGUGGUUCGCACGAGGAACUUCCUCGAUGCUUUGCUUGCCAUUAAAAUGUAACAAAAAUGAGAGAAUUUUUGAUCAUCUAUUUUCA